GGGGCGGGAAAUGCCUGCCGCUAGGUUUUCCCUCAAGAUGGCGGGGCUGCUACGGGAGCCGUGUGGUAGUGGCUGGGAAAUAAAAUCGUUUUAAAAGCUGGUAGAACCCCAAGAGGAGAUACGUUUGUCAUAUUCAUCAAUGUCCGCAGCGGAGAAUGGCCAGUGCCUCUGUCCCAGUAUAAGCUGAAUGCAUUGUGAUUUCCAAUAAUUGAGACAGUGAUUCUGAAAGCUGUCUACAUUAAUGAAAAGAGCAAUGUAGUCAGCUUAGCAUAUUCACAUCUGGUACGCGCUCUAUACAGGGAUGAUCUUCUGCAGUGGGGAUCUCUAGGGAUUGCUUCACAAUUAUCCGUUUCCAUAAGGUUUAGGUUCUUAAUUUAAACGACAACAACAACACAAAAAUAAAAAAAAUGGAUGUAGAUGACGUGCUCCCCCCUCUCCCCUUGGAGCCACCUGAUGACUCUGGCCUAGACCAGAGCAGAGCACCUCCACCACCUCCCCUGCAAACGUCCAGUGACGCAGAGGUAAUGGACGUUAGCUCUGGUGGUGAUGGACCCACAGACACCCCAGGGGAAGGGGAAGCAAAGACGCAGGAGCUGGUGAGCAAGGGCUCGCUCAUUUUCUGUAGCCACCUUUCCAGCGAGGCCAGUGCCAACCCACAGUGCCCCAGGACAGCCCGCCACGCCCCCCCGGUCACCAAGUUUCUGCCAGACCUGAAGCAGCUCAGAGAUGUUAAGAUCAGGGUGAGCUUCACUGAGAGCAGCAGCAGUAGCAGCAGCAGCAGCAAAGACAGGAAGAUUUUAUACACAGGUGAGGGGCAGGAGGCAGGAAGUGGUGAUUGCUUAACUUGUCUCAAUGGUGAGGUACGAGACGCGGCAAACUCGGCAGAGGUCGCCGAGGGCAGCGGCGGAGCCGAGAACGCGGCGGGCACGGGGUCGGAGGAGAGCGCGGCGGACCUGGAGAAUAAGGUAGAGUUUGCGGUCCUGGAUGAGUUGGAGGACUUCUACGACAACCUCCUGGAUCGGGACCAGGGCAGCUUUAAGUCUGGCGCCAUAGUUCAGCAGGAGCAAGCGGAUGAGGAGGCGGCGCCCUACGCCUACGAGGAGGGCUUUGACAACGACGUGGAUGCUCUUCUGGAAGAGGGCAUGCCGGUCCCGAAAAAGAUGCGCCUCGCAGAGGACAAAUAUCCCGGGGACAGUGAUCAUCAGUCCGACGGAGACGGCGAAGGGGGCGUCCAGCCGAUGGUGACCAAAAUCAAGACUGUCCUGAAGAGUCGAGGCCGUCCACCCACUGAGCCUCUUCCUGAUGGUUGGAUCAUGACAUUCCAUAAUUCAGGCAUUCCAGUCUACCUGCACCGAGAGACCAGAGUGGUCACCUGGUCCAGACCCUACUUCCUUGGAACGGGCAGCAUUAGGAAACACGACCCGCCCACCAGCAGCAUCCCCUGCUUACACUACAAAAAAAUGAAGGACCAGGAGGAGAAGGAGCUGAACGGGGAGGUGACCUCUAACGUGGAGGAGCCUCCGGCGAAGGCCAGCGACGCGGAGAAAGCGGACAAGUCGGCAGAGGAGCAGGCCGAGCUUCCCUCGUCCACCGUCAGCGAGGGCGGCCCAGACGGAGAGAGCGUGGACGACAACGACACGCCGAAUAAGGAGGCGCAGGCGUACGACACCGCCCAGGGAGCUCUGGGGCAGGUCAGGGCCAAGGUGGAGGUGUGCAAAGAUGAAUCCGUAGAACUUGAAGAUUUCCGCCUUUACCUGGAGAAAUGCUUCGACUUUGAGCAAGUGACCGUCAAGAAGUUUCGCACCUGGGCCGAGCGCAGACAGUUCAACAGGGACAUGAAGAGGAAGCAGGCCGAAUCCGAGAGGCCCAUCCUUCCCGCCAACCAGAAGCUCAUCACGCUGUCAGUCCAAGACGCUCCAACCAAGAAGGAGUUUGUCAUCAAUCCUAAUGGGAAGUCUGAAGUUUGCAUCUUGCAUGAAUAUAUGCAGCGGGUCCUGAAGGUUCGGCCUGUUUACAACUUCUUUGAUUGUGAGAACUCGAGUGAACCCUUCGGUGCGUCAGUCAUUAUAGACGGAGUCACUUACGGCACAGGAACAGCGAGCAGCAAAAAACUGGCCAAAAACAAAGCCGCCCGAGCCACACUGGAAAUUCUCAUCCCUGAUUUUGUGAAGCAGACGUCUGAGGAGAAACCCGUGGAGGGAGAUGAACUAGAGUAUUUUAACCAUAUCAGUAUAGAAGACUCACGAGUGUACGAGCUGACCAACAAAGCCGGUCUACUUUCGCCAUAUCAGAUUCUUCAUGAGUGCCUUAAAAGAAACCAUGGGAUGGGGGAUACCAGCAUUAAAUUUGAGGUGAUCCCAGGAAAGAACCAGAAGAGUGAAUACGUUAUGACAUGUGGGAAGCACACGGUGCGAGGCUGGUGCAAGAACAAGAGGGUUGGUAAACAGCUAGCGUCUCAGAAGAUCCUGCAGAUGCUUCACCCCCACGUUAAGAACUGGGGCUCCCUGCUGCGCAUGUACGGCAGAGAAAGCAACAAGAUGGUCAAAAAGGAGAAUUCAGACAAGAGUGUGAUAGAGCUGCAGCAGUUUGCCAAAAAGAACAAGCCCAACCUUCACAUCUUGAACAAACUGCAAGAAGAAAUGAAGAAACUGGCAGCUCAGAGGGAGGAAACGAGAAACAAGCCCAAGAUGACCAUAACGGAGUCGGCCCAGCCCGGGAGCGAGCCUCUUUGCACUGUCGACGUUUAAGUCUCAGAAUCACUGACGAACCACGGCACUGAAACCCCCCCCCCCGGUCACUGUCAACCAUCACAACAGCAUCACGGCGUCCAACGAGGAAUUAAAGUGUCACACUGAUCCGACCGGUUAGAGCUGCUUGCUUCCUUCAGCUACAGUUUAUAGGUUGAGCAAGUAGGAGUGAGAGGAGGACUGAAUGCACUUACUGGAGCCUAGAGAUUGAUUAAAAAAAAAAUAAACAGUCUACCUCUCUAGAUGCAUCCUAAACAACAGGACUUGAUAGAAUAUGAACCACAGCAGAACAGAAAUGCAUGCUUCUUUAACUGUAAACGCCAAUGCAAACAUUGGUUUUAUUGUCAAAGUGUUAUUUUAAAGUCAAUCUUUUUAGUGCUUGAAGUUUUUGGAAAGGGACUACUAAUGCUCGUAUUUAUACCAUUCGUUUAGUUGGACAGCUGAUCCUCGUUUAUUGGCUAUUUUAAUGACGGCUCUGAAUAUUUUGGGUGGCGAAUAAUGUGUGUGUACCGUUUCGUUAGUCACCGAACGGAAAAGUCGUCGCGUUCGUUUGCAUGACAGGAACGUGCGUCAUGAAGUGAGCGUUUGUAUGCACUUGUCUGGUUUUCCGUUGUUUUCCAGUCGUCACGCUGUUCAGAGAAGAGCCGCCUGAAAGCCGGGCUUCGUCACGUUUGGUUUUCUUUCUCCACCCUGACACUGGAGUAAACCCGGUCCAGAGUACUGUUGGGUUCAACAUUUCUUGCUCUUAGUUGCUUUUUAAUUCCACACUACUGCUAUGUUCAGGUUUUCUUUUCAUUUAGCCCCUCAACACAACACAGUCAGCUACAUGUUGCCUUAGUAAAUUUCAUUUUAUGAAGGGCUGAGACUCUAAAGGAGAUUGGACCUAAAACACCCCUUCGGCAGGAAGUGGAAAGACCAAGCCCCGUUUACUUGAUAAAGCAUUUACUCUUAGGCAAUUGGUACAUUUAAGUCAAGGCGGGCUGGAAGUGUGCAGACUUUUUCAGAGGUGUCUUAAUGGGUUGUGACCUUUUUUCGUAUGUCUGCAAUCAUUGUUCCAGUAGAUCAUGCUAACUAAAUAUAUCUAUAGAGAAAAAGUCCUGACUGCAGCCUGGCGUACGUUGGAGGAACAGUGUAUACCAAAGCUUACAUCCAGUCUUAUGCAUUUUCUAGAAAUCUUCACGUUGCAGGACAAGGCUGAACUGUGGCAGUAGCUGGAGCAGAAACUGCUGUGCUUUUUCUACACAUGUAGGAGCCAUCUAAACGUCUAAGCAGCGCUCUUGUGAUUGUGUGGAUUGCUUUACGAAUGUUUCCCCAUCUGUACGUGUCUUGUCUCACCGCGUCGUGGUGUCAGGUGAGAAACGAUAUGCCGUACUGGUUUUAUGUGGAGUUGUAUCAAUAAAUUGUUUGAAACGUUGCUGCCUAGAAACUGUGUUGCAACCCGAACUCCUGACCUUAGUGAUGUUUGUUAUGCAAAAUAAAAUGUCUUUACCGACAAA